UGAUAUUGAAAUAUCGCGGUCUUGCAUACCCAAGCCCAUUGAUCAAGUUGCAAAAGAAGUUGGCCUGCUCCCUGAUGAGGUGGAGCUCUACGGCCAAACUAAAGCCAAGAUUCAGCUGUCAGCUCUGAAAAGACUGGAAAACCAGCCAGAUGGCAAAUACGUUGUUGUUACUGGGAUAACUCCUACUCCCCUGGGAGAGGGGAAAAGCACCACCACUGUCGGUCUUGUCCAAGCCUUAGGAGCACACCUUCACCAGAAUGUCUUUGCCUGUGUUCGCCAGCCUUCUCAGGGGCCCACCUUUGGUAUAAAAGGUGGAGCUGCAGGUGGUGGCUAUUGUCAAGUUAUCCCCAUGGAAGAGUUUAACCUUCACCUCACUGGUGACAUCCAUGCUAUCACUGCAGCCAACAACCUGGUUGCUGCUGCUGUCGACGCACGUAUAUUCCAUGAGCUAACUCAGACUGACCAGGCUCUCUACAACCGUUUGGUGCCUUCUGUCGAUGGUGUUAGGAAGUUCUCUGACAUUCAGAUCCGAAGACUACAGAAAUUGGGCAUUAACAAAACUGAUCCUACGACUUUGACAAAGGAAGAAGUAAACUUAUUUGUGAGAUUGGACAUUGACCCAGGUGCCAUAACGUGGCAAAGAGUACUGGAUACAAAUGACAGGUUCCUUAGGAAAAUCACUAUUGGACAGUCUCCGACAGAAAAAGGCUUCUCACGAACGGCUCAGUUUGACAUCACGGUGAGCAGUGAAAUCAUGGCAGUUCUAGCACUCUCUGAUGGGUUGGAUGAUAUGAAAAAGCGACUGGGCAGAAUGGUAGUAGCUUCCAGCAAGAGAGGAGAGCCAGUUACAGCAGAUGACCUUGGAGUGACUGGUGCUCUGGCUGUCUUGAUGAAAGAUGCUAUUAAACCAAAUCUCAUGCAGACACUAGAGGGAACUCCAGUGUUCGUUCAUGCUGGACCUUUUGCCAAUAUUGCACAUGGGAAUUCUUCAGUGUUGGCAGACAAAAUAGCACUGAAGCUUGUGGGUAAAGAGGGUUUUGUUGUUACAGAAGCAGGAUUUGGUGCAGACAUUGGCAUGGAGAAAUUCUUUAAUAUUAAGUGUCGCUAUUCUGGUCUCCGGCCUCAUGCAGUGGUGCUGGUUGCUACUGUCCGAGCUCUGAAAAUGCACGGAGGAGGGCCUGCAGUCACUGCUGGGGUACCUUUACCGAAGGAGUACAUGGAAGAGAAUCUCCAAUUGUUGGCAAAAGGCUGUAGUAACCUAAACAAGCAAAUCCAAAAUGCACGGAUGUUUGGUGUCCCAGUAGUAGUGGCUGUCAAUGCUUUCAAAACAGAUACAAAGGCUGAACUGGCCCUUGUAGUACAACUGGCAAAGGAAGCAGGAGCGUUCGAUGCUGUGGAGUGCACUCACUGGGCAGAGGGAGGUAGAGGAGCAGUUGCGCUGGCCCGAGCUGUUCAGCGAGCAUCGCAGACACCCAGCAACUUCAGGUUCCUCUAUAACGUGGAG